GGACACCACCUGGGAACCAGCGGCAACCUAUGAAUGGCGCACGUCACUUCGUGGAGCGCUGCGGAUGUCGCUGACUGGGUGGAGCAGUGUUUGCAGCUUCCCUGUGGCGAUGUCUUUCGAGAAGCAGACGACAUCGGGGGGCUGCAGCUUCUGCAGGAGGACUUGGCAUCGCUGGGCCUGCAGGAGGCCCAGCGCUGCCGUAUCGAGACCCACGUCGCCGCCUUCCGCGCCCAGCUUCCGACGCCGCCGCAGCCCGCGCCGCAGCCGGCGCCGCUGCAGCCGGCGGCUUCUGCGGCUGCGCAGGGGAAGGUGUCUCGAGUGGGAAGCCCGAAGGCUCCCAGCGUGGAGCAGGCACAGCCCAUCCGCGAUUGGCGCGCCAAGUGGCGGGAAGAGGACGCACUGGACACGAGCAACGGUGCGAUGGCGGAGCCCAUAAGCAACGCCGUACCGCCCGUGGAGGUGCCGGACUCUCAUUGGAUACCGGUGAGGCAUUCCUCACGUGAGAAGACACCCACAAGAAGUCACAGAUCCAGCCUGGGAUGCUCAGAUGCUCGCCAAAGGAAACAUCCAGCCGGCGUCCAGCAAGCACCCAGCCGCACUCCCCGUGGCCGCCCGGAGGAUCUCAUGAGCUAUGCUGCCUGCGCGCAGCAGCUGUCGGAGGCGGCAAAACCGCGGCAAUCGCCACCGCCGCGCCGGCCUUCGUCGUCCGCGACGAGGGCGAAUGCAGAGCCGUCGACAGGUUGGCAUGCAAUCAGACCCAGACCUCCAUCAGUAAGGCAUUAUGCCAACGUGCAGGAUGCCAUCCGGGCGGGCGAGUCAAGGUCAUCUCGCUCAAGCAGUGCCGUCCGGGAGGCGCUGAAGACGAUCUCCAAGGAGGUGAAGCAAGCCCGACCCGCCAGCCAUGCACCGGUGCGGCCAGUGCCCACGAGGGCGGAUCGCAAGCACAAGGGCUGCCAGACAACCCCUCAGGCUGCACGUCCAGCGCCUAACGGACAUGCGGAGCCCAUGAGCCUUGAGAAGGCCAUGACACAUCACAGCUCUGAAGAGCCAGUCAGCCUGCUUGUUCACGAGAAGGCCAAGCCUCAGAGCUCGCAAAGUAGAGACUUGACGGAUCCGGCGGCUUCCCCCGUCACCUUGGAGGCUGUGACACAGCGCGGCUCUCCAAGUGUUGCAGAUUCGGUGGAAAAGUGGGACUUGCAUCAGAAGGCUGUACCGCACUGCGGCUCUGAUGCAGAUUUGGACGAGCCACAAGAGCCCGUCAGCGUGAUGCAUGAGGAGGCUGUGCCAUACCACAGCUCUCCGACCGAAGCGGAUGUGGCGGAAGAGCCCGUCACCGCGUUGCAUGAGAAGGCCACAGACCAUGGCUCUCCAAGUGGAGCUGGUUUGGUGGAGCCCGUCAGCCAGUCUGGGCGUGGGAAGGCCUGCGACCGUGAGGAUGUCGCCCGAUUGCUGGAGCAAAUCCAGCAGGGGCUUGAUUGCUCCGAGAUUCAGGGGGUGCCCCAUGAGGUGGAGGAGAGGCAUGGCGUCGGCCCUCCACACGGAAUUCGAGAUAGGGCUGGAUAUGCUCCACAUGCUCACCAGGCCUUGCGAGCCAGAGCCGGAAGGUGCUCCACUUGAGGUGUGCGGCACUGCGACAACAGAGACGCCCACAUCCUUCUCUAUGAGUCCAGGAAUGCUCCGCGCCUCUCAGGGCUUGGCUCGACGAGAGUCGCCGCAUGUGUACUCCGCCUAUGAGCCCAGCCCUGAAGCCAGGUAUUGCCGUGACCUGGACAUGGGUCUUCACUCAAUCUCUGCCAAAUCGUCCCCGCGAUCCUUGCCAUUGGAGACCUCCGAGUUCGGUCACGAUGAUCGGAAUGGUGCUCCUUUCACGUCCACAUCAAAACGUGCCGCGUUUCCUGCUGAAGACAAUUCUCCCGGGCCUGCCUACUACGAAGUGCCGGUUGGAUCUCACCCGAAAGGCGUGGCCUUCGGCAAAGCCGCGCGGAGCACCACUUUGGACGCGGCGGCGCGGCGGCGCGCCUUGGCGCCGCCGCCGGGGUACUAUGACCCAAUGGACCGAAAGGAUGGAGGAUGUGCUUUCUCUGGCGCUUCCAGAUGGCCAAGCGCUCAAAGCGAGUGGCUGCAGAGCCUGGAAACGCCGGGGCCGGGCGCCUACACUCCGCGCCACACGCCACGCAGUAACUUUCGAUAGCCUGGCAGUUGGCUCCUUUGACAGGGCAGACAAAUGCGAACCUCAGACUGCAGGUGACUAGACCCU